GUAAUCUACAAUUUGAAAAUUUGUGAUAUUCUCGUUUUGAGAAUUACUUCGGUAAAUACAUUUAAUUCCUCAACGCACAGAUUUGCCUCAAUUCACUAAUGAGGAUGAUUCUAUCACUAUGCAUUUUGAUGUAUAGUGCAUCAAUUUAUAACAUGUAGCUUAAAGUCAUAAAGAUUAAUGGCUAAAAAUAUCAGCCAGACUAAUUGCAAGCACAAUCCAUGUCAUGGGCAAGUGCGAUAAGGAGAGAUACUCGUAUGGCUGGUCCAGAAAAUCGACUUUGUUUUUUGCAUAAAUCAAAAGUACAAUGCUUCAAAACUAUCCACAUAAAUUUGUGGAGCCGAAUUUGAAAAAAAAAUAACCAAGUUGAAACUCGUUUAGCAAGGCUCGCCAGAGCCCGACGAUAAGCGGGUGUAAAAGUCAAUAAUAUGCGCGCGAUGUAUAUGAAAUGCAAUAUUGAGAUGACAAGACAGUGUGAUAAUCAAUAAUCUAAUCUGAUAAUCUGCACAUAUAGGAUCGUUGUUUACCUGAUUGCGAUAGUUUACAUAAGUCGGUUUAUUUACCUAUAAUUACAUUUACUUAUUCUGAUGAGUGUAUCAAGUGCUACACUGCAUGCAAACGAUGAUUAUAUCGUUGUAAAUCAUGACAAUGAUUGCAUACGAUCCGAUAUAACUUUUAUUUUUUAGUUCACGAAUGUCUCUUUUUACUCGUAAAAUAAUAAUCUUUCGUUUGUUAAUAAUUUUCUAAGGAAAUAUAAAAGAAUCAUUCGAUUUUGCUGCUGUCACACGAAAAUCUUCCGUUAAGUGGUUAAAAUACUCGCGUAUCAAUUUAUUAAAGAUUACACGAUUUGCAAUACGACUACGUUAUUAUACAUUUGUUUAAACCCUGCUGUGUUCUUUCGAUCCUUAUCGAUCCAAUCGAUUUCUUCUAACAAGAAAUUUUAUUAUUUUAACAUUUGUUUUCCGAGUUUCUCAUUCUCUAGUUAGAAAUAUGUCAAGCUCAAGCAAGAUAUGGAAAAGUUGUUUUUAUAUGCACGACACCUCGCUUCAACUUUAUGUUAAAUAUUUUUUACAAAUAUUAAGUCUUCUUAUUCGUUGGGAUAAAUCCAAAAUCGAAAUAUAAAAAUUGGAGGAUUGCAACAGGUGAAUCUAUCUGGUAUUAUAUCUAGAUAAGUAGAGAGCAGUCUAAUAGUCGGAACAUUGAUUAAAAAAGGGAGAUGAAUCUAUGGCAACUGCUGGAGGAGGUCGAGAACAAGAAUUUUUUUAAUCGCUGGAGAGUUAACUAUUUCUUAUGGAAAAAGGUCUUGCUGGUUUACUUGGGGGAUUUCUGGCUUAUGACGUUAUUCUCAGGAAUGUGGGACCCGUAUUUGUGGGAAGAGCUCAGUGAUUCGGAUGAAGAUAGUCCAUUGAAUUCUUUGUAAAUUUAAAGAAAGAAAAACCGAAUGUUUUGGAAGAAUUUUGGUUGAAGGUAUGACCGAAUCCUGAUAUAUUAUGAUAUGAUAUAUAAUAUAUUAAUUAUAUGCUAAUGCUUUAAUCGUCCGACGCGAGGAACUUUCUCCUUAACGAAGGAUAAAGUUAACGGAAAACUUGUAUGUAGACCUAAAAUAAUUAAUUAGAUGAAAAAAUACAAACCAAGUUAAGAGAGCAGGAGCGAAGUGACGUUUAAAAGGAUACUUACUACGACAUAUUUGAAAAUGAGUAUAGUAAACGGAAUAAAUGAUUCGAACGGGCACGUGGAGACACAUUUGGAGACCAAGUUCGUGCCAGAUACCGAAGAGGAAAGAAAAUGGGAGAAGAAAGGUGUCAUGUAUCAGAUAAUUAUGUCGCUGUGCGCGAACUCCUCCGUUUUGGGUCCUUCCAUGGCUUUUGGCUAUAGCGGAGUUGCAUUGACACCUUUGACGUCAUCUACCAGUGACGUGAAAAUCGACAAAGAUCAAGCCAAUUGGAUUGCGACAGCAACAGCACUGGGUAUUCCAUUUGGUUGCAUCGUUUCUGGUUACACUAUGAGACGCGGAAGAAAGUUGAGCUUGUUGAUAACGUCUAUCGUGUCCAUCGUUGGCUGGCUCGUCAUUUAUUUAGCUGGAACAUACGAACAAAUUCUUGUAGGCAGAAUCAUUUCCGGAAUCGCGACAGGUAUGGCCUCGGUACCAGCCACAGUUUAUAGCGCGGAGGUUUCUUCUCCAAAAUGGCGAUCAAUUAUGAUAACAUGGACCAGCGUAUCUAUCGCCAUCGGUGUUCUUGUCGUUUAUAUUUUCGGCUAUAUUUUCAAGGACGAUUGGCGAAUGGUGGCUCUGAUGUGCGCCCUGUUUCCUCUGGUCUCGGCCGUGCUGACCUUGGCCAUCGUCCUAGAAACCCCGAUCUGGUUACGAGACAGAGGUCGUCUAGACGAGGCGUUACAGGUGUUGAAAAAAUUCCGCGGCAUCCCAAAAGACGUGCCUCCCCCGCCACAGCUUAACGAAGAAUUGAAACCACGUCCUCAGCGAAAGAAACAAAAUUUCAUGAAACAUAUGCUCAAGAGGAACGCCAUGGUACCUUUUGCAAUUCUGCUCGGUUAUUUCUUUUUCCAGCAAUUCUCCGGACUUUUCAUCAUCGUCUAUUACGCAGUGGACAUUAUACAAAGCGCUGGAGUCACUAUAGAUCCCAAUUUGGGGGCAGUUUUGAUAGGAUUAACAAGAUUAGUAGGUACUUUACUAGUGUCGUGCAUGUCAGGAAAAUUAGGAAGGAGAAAACCUUCUAUCGUUUCUGGAUCUGCAAUGACAAUUUUCAUGGGAGUAUUAUCUGUGUACUUAUUAAUGAAGGAUAAAGGAUAUUCUAUAAACGAUGGUGGCCUGAUACCUGUGAUAUGUAUACUUAUGUACAUUUUUGGAAGCACUUUUGGCUUCUUGGUGAUCCCAUUCGCCAUGGUGGGCGAAGUGUAUCCAACGAAGGUUAAGGAAGCGUUAUCAGGACUGACUACGUGUAUCAAUUACAUCUUCAGCGCCAUUACGGUGAAAACUUACCCGGACAUGGAGGCCGCUAUGGGGAGACAUGGAGUUUUCAUAUUUUUCACGGUGCUGUCGUUUUUGGGAACGUUAUUUGUGACGUUUUUCUUACCUGAGACUAAGGGAAAGACUCUGAGGGAGAUUGAAGAUAUGUUCUCGAGGAAGAAGGAAGUGGUUGACUCGCCGGAAGAAGAGAAGAUGGUAGAUGGUAGAUAUGAUAUAUGUUUCUGGAGGAAAGCAUAGUUACCUGAAGGUUACACGAAUUAUUUAGUAAAGAAAAGAAACGAUGGACUUUUUGAAGGCGGAAAAAAAUGAUAUCGAGGGAUUCUAUUUAUAAAUCUGAAUAUCAAUGCAACGGUGAAAAUACUCUUAACUUUGUCUAAAUCGAAACAAUUUCUUCAUGUUUGCGAAAAGUUUGAGUGUAAAGAUUGGGAAUGUUAGAAAAGAUUGAUCGAGAUUUUUAUUCGUUAAAAAUAUCAGCCCUUGCAAAUCUAGCUUCCUUAUUGCGUUGAUAGCUGUUAAUUAAUCUAUCAAACUACGUUGCAACUGCCUGUCAUCCUGCCAUCUAUGUUUAUUUUCUGUUAAAGUAAUUUAAGAAUAUACUUAUUUUUGUACCUUUAAUAAAUGUUAAAUAUUAUAUGUAUUAUAUUAAAUAAUAAAUGUUAAAUAUUAUAUAA